UUGUGCUAAAGCUAAUCGUGAAAAAGUGCCGAAAUUACUAGCCAUCGUUACAAAAAGAGUGUUAAAUCCGACGUAUACUGUCGUAAAGUGUGUUUGUCGCGCGCCGCACCUUAUAAAAACAAAAUGCUGUCUGCCGCCAGACUGAUCGCCCCUGCAGCCAGGUCUGCCAUCUUCUGCAACUCUGCACUGGUGCGACCACUUGCAGCAGUACCCACCCAUACACAGAUGGUACCUGCGGUCCCUACACAGCUCUCUGCAGUGCGGUCCUUCCAGACCACAUCGGUCACUAAGGACAUUGACUCUGCUGCCAAAUUCAUUGGUGCUGGUGCAGCGACAGUGGGAGUAGCUGGUUCCGGAGCUGGUAUUGGAACAGUCUUCGGCUCCCUCAUCAUCGGCUAUGCCAGGAACCCCUCCCUCAAGCAGCAGUUGUUCUCAUACGCCAUUCUGGGUUUCGCCUUGUCUGAGGCUAUGGGUCUGUUCUGUCUUAUGAUGGCGUUCCUGCUGCUCUUCGCUUUCUAAGCUAUUUACUUUUAAGAACACUACUACUGCCAUCCUACAUAUGAGGUUUCAGUGUAUACUAUCUGGAGUGGACAGCCAUGGAAUCGAAUGUUUGGAAACCUCACCCUCAUAGUGAUGCAAGGACUGAUGUGUGUUACACCUACAGUGCGCGUCAACAGGAAUGCAAUUUAUUUAAUUAUGUAGUAUAAACAAAAAUCUGCAAUAAAAUGUUGUACGUAAACAUUAUGUUGAUGCUGCAGUUAUUUCUAUUCCUGACUUUGUAGACUGUUAUUAUUAAAAUCAUGUUAAGCAUUAGUGCACGAACAUUACAAAAUUCGAUGACAAUAUAAAAAUGAAGCCAGUUAAUCUCGUGUAUUUUGCGUGAGUAUUGACAUCGGGUUUUGUUAUGGGAGUUAUCUGUUCGAGAGUGUCGGCAUCUGUAUUGUACAUUUUUAGGGCGAUUAAAUGAUACAUACCAAA